UUUAAAAUUAUCGCCCAUGGUUGAGCAACAUAUUUCCCCGAGAAGCAGAGCUUUAUAAGACGUGACUUGUGGUGGCCUUUAACAACCCUGACAACACCAGCAGGAGAACAGCAGUCAACAGUCAGCAAGCAACAGUCAACAGUCAGCAAGCAACAGUCAGCAGUCAACAGUCAGCAAGCAACAGUCAGCAGGUCUUCUUCAGCGCAAAGAAACAAGACGCUUGAAACACAUAGAGAAGCCUCAGAGCACAUAUAGGAGCCUCAGAGCACAUAGAGAAGCCUCAGAGCAUAUAGAGGAGCCUCAGAGCACAUAAAGGAGCCUCAGAGCACAUAAAGGAGCCUCAGAGCACAUAGAGAAGCCUCAGAGCAUAUAGAGAAGCCUCAGAGCACAUAAAGGAGCCUCAGAGCACAUAGAGAAGCCUCAGAGCAUAUAGAGGAGCCUCAGAGUAUAUAGAGAAGCCUCAGAGCACAUAAAGGAGCCUCAGAGCACAUAGAGAAGCCUCAGAGUAUAUAGAGAAGCCUCAGAGCACAUAAAGGAGCCUCAGAGCACAUAGAGAAGCCUCAGAGCAUAUAGAGGAGCCUCAGAGCACAUAAAGGAGCCUCAGAGCACAUAGAGAAGCCUCAGAGCAUAUAGAGGAGCCUCAGAGUAUAUAGAGAAGCCUCAGAGCACAUAAAGGAGCCUCAGAGCACAUAGAGAAGCCUCAGAGCACAUAAAGGAGCCUCAGAGCACAUAGAGAAGCCUCAGAGCAUAUAGAGGAGCCUCAGAGCACAUAGAGGAGCCUGAGCACCCAGUCUCCUAGUGGAACUUUAAUGUUACGUGCACUCUUAUACUCAGUUACUAUGUAAACAAGUUCCCCUGAUCAACCACUAGUUAUAUCCAAGGAACUUGUUAUACCCAAGUUACCGACACUCAAGGAACUUGGUAUACCCAGGAAACUUAUACCCAAGAAACUUGGUAUACCCAAGGAACAUAGUGAUGGCAGAAGCUGAGGCUAAAGAAGAACUUGGUUUAACAAGCCUCAAGGAAAAGUCUGAUGACUGUGAAGCUGAAACAAGUGUGCUCCAGCAACAACAGAAAAGUGAUAAUGAAGAUGAGGAACUUGAAUGUGCAGUUUGCUUACAGAAGUGUGUUCACCCAGUCCGCCUUCCUUGCUCUCACAUUUUUUGCUUCCUUUGUGUCAAGGGUGUAGCAAACCAGAGCAAGAGGUGUGCUAUGUGUCGGCAGGAGAUACCUGCAGACUUUCUCGAUCACCCGACUCUCCUCUCGUCUAUAGAGGCGGAGAAGGAAGAGGUUCUCCCAGGAGGAUAUCAGUGGUUCUAUGAAGGACGUAAUGGCUGGUGGCAGUACGAUGAACGUACCAGUUAUGAAUUAGAGGCUGCUUAUGGGACUGGUCAACGGGCUUGUGAAGUUCUAGUUGCAGGAUUUCUCUAUAUCAUUGACUUUGAUCGAAUGGUGCAGCUGAGACGCAAUGACCCUAGCAGGCGACGACGUAUUAAGAGAGAUCUCAGUUCCAUUCCUAAAAAGGGUGUUGCUGGCAUUAAACUUCCAAGCCAGUUAGAAGCCGAAUUGUCGGCCCUUCAGUCGGCUGCACAUGCUAUACAUAUAGCUAAUCCUGGAGAUACUGGUAUACCUAGUGAUUUAGGAGAUAAUAUUGGCUCUGCUGCUAAUAACAAUGAUCUCUGUCCCCGUACACCCACUGCCCCUAGUAACACUCCACAGACUCCACAUACUCCGAGUGCAGCAAGCAGUAGUAGUGGAUCUCCCGAUACCACCGAACCGACACACUUGCACUCCUUGAGUAUAGAUUCUCAUCACCACCAUUAUCACCAUCUUCCACAGCACCAUCAUCAUUUUCACCAUCACCAGCUUCACAUCCCACAGCAUCUCACUCACAAUUUAAGCACAGCCAAUGAUCACAGCAUUUUGGCAAACACCGUGCACUCGCAUCAUUUACACCAGCCCAGUCAUCAAAACAAUUCUUCUCAUCAUCAUCAUCAUCAUCUCCACUCCUCUAUAUCACCUCUAACAGACAGUGAACCAAAUGAGAUUGAUGACUCCAGUAUCUCUGGCACAGUUGAAGCCACCACAGAUCUGGAAGCUUCAGUUUAUCAGAUAGACCAACUCUCUCUCUCAGCAGAUGCUGCAGAAUUUUACCCACUUGAUUCUACUGAAGAUUCUAAUGAGGAGACAGAGCAAUACCAUCUAACUCUUUCAUCGGAAGAUGAACAACUUUGAUUUUAUAACUAAGUACUGAUAUGUCUGUGAUCAAUAUGACUUUUUCACAAAAGCCUACAAUUUAGACAAUGUUCAUGUUUGUCCUGGAACAUUAUUAAUCAAGUCAUAAACUGAUAAUGGUAAAGGGUGGUCCAAAAUAGAGGAGGGCCCCGUUUGUGUGGCUCUUAGGUUCCUGACCCCAUAUAGGAAGCGAAAAUUGCCAGCGGGUGGAAAGCAUUUUUCAUCAUUGAAUGUGUCUAAAAUGCCUGAUAGCAUGUUUACACUUAUCAUAUACGUAUUAAGUGCUUAAUACAGCUAGGCAUAAAAAAACAAAGUAAAUUACUCAGUAAAUACAGUAUUUACCUUAAAAUAUGGUGCCAGUUGCCCUUCCCUUAAGGAAGUGUUGUAUGAAAACAUUGGUAAAAGCACUGAGCAUAAUAAACAAUGGCUCAAUUGAAAGCCAGUGAAAACAUGAAACACCAAAAAGAGGUGCUGUAUAUGCUGGGUCCUCCUGUAUGUGUAAAGUUUCCUCUCCAAAUUGUUGGUUAUUUGUGAUUUGCUCCAGCCAUGGUAUUGUAACUUUUAUUCAAAAUCAUUUUUUGUAUAGUACUGUAAUAUUAAAUAUAAAUGCUGUACAGUAUAUUCAUUCCUUAUUUUUGCUGAGAGUCAACAAUUUUAAAAGGUUGUCGCAGAGCUCACGGUGAUCCUCCCAGUCUCAGUUUUUAUAUACAGUACAGUGGAUCCUCAAAAAUCGAACUUAAUCCGUUCCAGGAGCUAGUUCUAAAUUUGAAAAGUCUGAAAUUCGAAGCAAUAUUUCCCAUAAGAAAUAAUGGAAAUACAAUUAAUCCGUUCCAGAAACCCAAAAAUAUUCACACAAAAAAUACAUUUUAUAGAGAUUAAUUACAGUUUUACAUACAACAAAUAUUAUAGUUUUUAAUUAUGUAUAGUAAUACAUAUAAAAUAACAUUUUUACUUACCUUUAUUGAAGAUUGGUGAUGGCAUCUGGAAGAUAGGGAGGAGGAGGGAGGGAGUUGGGGUUAGUGUUUGGAAGGAGAAUCCCCCUCCAUGAGGACUUCAGGUAAAUCCCUCUCUGGGGUUACUUCCCUUCUCUGUCUUUUUAUGCCACUAGGACCAGCUUGAGAGUCACUGGACCCCUGUCUCACAAAAUAACUGUCCACAGUCCUCUGUUUCUGGCGCCUCUUUAACAUUUCCCUAAAAUGGGACAUGGUUCUGUCACUGAACUUGUUGUAAAGAUGGCUUGUUUCAGCUUGCUCAGGGUGGUACUUCUGCACAAACAUUUGGACAUCAUUCCACUUGGCACAAAUCUCCUUAAUCUUUGAAGAAGGCACCUCAUCCACUCCCUAUAUUAACACCUUUCGCAACAUCAGCUUCCUUGAUUUGUUCUUUCUUUAACAGGAUAGAACCAAUGGUCGACUUGUUUUUCCCAUACAUCAUGACAAGCUCAACAAGUCUCACACCACUCUCAUACUUCUGUAUUAUUUCCUUCUUCACAUCUAUGGUGUUUCUCACUUUCUUUACCACAGGGGUACCACUAGCAAGUUUCUUUGGGCCCAUGGCAGCUUAUUUCACAGUGCCACAAGCACUAAACACAACGAAAUAAUCGUAAAAUGCGUGAAUGAGAGAGCAGGUUAGUGUUCACUCAAACAUAAACAAAGCUAGACUGCUCAUGGCGCCUGUGCGGGGACGCGGACAGAGCGGGCGGCAGACAGGUCCCGUACCCGGCGGUCCGAAAAUAGGGGCGCGUUCGAUAAUAGGGACACAGUUUGUCCGAAAAAAUGGUCCUAUUUUCGAAACGUUCCAUAUGUGAUACGUUCGAUUUUUGAGGUUCCACUGUAUAUAUACAUGUAUAUAAACAUAUGUACUGCAGUAGUUCAAUGAACAUUCAAGUUUUGUUUGACGCUCAAAGAAGUGGAGUUGAAAGCUGCCUCUGAGCCACGGAGUUUCAAAACUUAACAUUGUUUCUUUGCAUCAUUUAACUAUUUACAUUUUAUUUUAUUUUUAUGCAAAUAAGUAAAUAUUUUCACUGGAUGACAUAAAAGUAUCAUUGCAUUUAUUAAUGCUGAUUAGUGUCUUUAUUCAAUUCCUCAGACAGGUUUUAAAUUAAUAGUUUAGUAAUAAUGUAUCUAUACUUUUUUACAUAAUUUGUAUUUAUCAACGGAAAAACUUUUCAUACAUAUAAAUGUACUUUCACCCUUAAUUCUGGGAUUAUAUAAGUAGUUCUUUGUGAAAAUAUAUUGGAAGAAUACUGAACCUCCUAUGACUUUGUUAUCCUCACUGCUGGUCUUCAAUAUGAAGACAUUUUCUUGUAUUACAGACCCAUCAUGGAAGGUUCCUUCAUGCUGCUGACAGACUUUUGAUCCAGGGAAUUGCCUUGACCUAUUCCUUGGAUCAAAUGUGAUUGCCUCCCAUGCUCCCCAGGCACUGUAUGACCCCCACAGGUUUAGCACUCCUCCCGAUGAAUGUAAUACAGUAAUUUGACAAUUUUGUUUACAGUAUUUUGAACUCCUGUUUUAAGCUUAUCAGUAUAUGAGUCUUAAGAAACUGUAAUACUCUAUGUACUAUGUAUAUGAAUGAUAUUUGUUUUAUAAAAGUCUUAAGUGUUUGCUUCAGUGCUGUAUGACCCUUGUGGGUUUAGCACUUAGUUAUGAUUAUAAUAAUAAUAUUUGCUUGUGUUCAAUGAUAUUCACCAAACUCUGGUGGCCUGGCGGCUAAAGCUCUCGCUUCACACGGCGAGGGCCUGGGUUCGAUUCCCAGCCAGAGUAAAAACAUUGGGCGUGUUUCUUUCCACCUGUUGUCUAUGUUCCCCAUCAGUAAAAUGGGUACCUGGGUGUUAGUCGACUGGUGUGGGUCGCAUCCUGGGACACUGACCUAAUUUGCCCGACAUGUGGUGCAUAACAAGCGGCUUUCUAUAUAGUAGUAUGUCAUUGUUGUCAGC